AUGAUUGCCAAAACUUUCAUUGCCGUCUUAGCUUCUGCUACGACCGUUCUUGGAGCACCAUACACAUACGACAACGACCAAGCUAUCGUUCCUGUACAGGUCCCCGAGCAUGAAAUUGUACAGUCUAAUAACGGUCCUGUCGCCAACGUCUUCGCUGGCUCCGAUGAUUUUUCGCGACCUCACGAGAAACCAUAUUGGCCAGCAAUAUCAAACCCAGAAGAGUACGAAGAAAUUGACGGCUGGGUGCUUUUCAGCGAAGAAAAGUUACAGGCCCGCAUCCACGGCAACACUUUCUGGAAUGUCAAGGGUAAACUGGACGACAGGUUCCCGGUUGGUAGCUUCAAGUUUGAUCCCGUCACUUUUAGGCUUAGGCACCCUGAAGAUUACAAGGGAAGAUUUACCGGAUACGCUGGCAGAGGACAAAUCGUUUUGCGGUGGGAGAAGUCGGGUGCUACUAUUUCUGGCAGAAGCCCGAUUGGUGAUUUUCCCAUUGAGGGAGAAAGCUAUGUUGAUUACUCUCCAUGA